AUGCCGGACCACACCCCGAGGAGCUGGUUCGCCGUCCCCGCCCCGGUCGCCGCCCUCUUCCGCCGCUUCCCCCUGGCCGUCUACCCCGCCAACGAACUGCCCGCCCGCUCCCCCUCCCGCGGCGACCUCCCGACCCUCUACGUCUUCGUCGCGGACGACGAUGCCCCGAGGGGCCGACCGAGCUUCAACCCCUCGUGUCUAAAGUGGCAGACGUUCCUCAAGAUCGCCGGCGUCGAGUUCCGCAUCCUCCCCUCAACGAACCACGCCUCCCCCUCCGGCGCCCUCCCCUACCUCCUGCCGCCCUCCCCUCUCCGCCCGGUAGCCGGCGCCGGCAAGCUCGAGUCCUACGCCCUCGCAAACUCCCCCCUCGCGCGCGAGAAGCGCCCCGCCUCGCCGACCCCCGCCCACCGCCUCGAGGCCUACCAGGCCCUCCUCGACACCCGUCUCCGCACCGCCUGGCUCCACGCCCUCUACCUCGCACCCGCCAACGCGCCGCUGCUGGCGCGGCUCUACAUCCACCCGGCUUCCAACAACCCCCUCGUCCGCCUGACGCUGGCGCACCAGGUCCGCUCCGCCGCCGAGGCCGAGGUCCUCAAGGCCACGCGCGCCGCCGUCGUCGACCCGGAGAGGGUCUACGCCGACGCCCGCGCCGCGCUCGAGGCCCUCGCCACCCUGCUCGACGAGGGCGGCGCCGGCGCGUGGUUCUUUGGCUGCGAGGCGCCGACGCUCUUCGACGCCUCCGUCUUCGCCUACACGCACCUGCUGCUCGACGACGGCUUCGGCUGGGUCGACCGCACGCUGCCCGACGUCGUGGCCGCGUUCCCCAGCCUGGUGAGCCACCGCGAGAGGCUGCUGGAGAGGUGUUUCCCCGACGACGAGGGCGUGCUCGUCUAA